UAAACCCAAUCCUCCCUCACUCGACGCUGUUCACCGCUUUCCGUCGUCCGUCGGCUUCGGAUCCGCCAACUCACCUUCCGCUUCCUCCAUGGCAUCAUCCUCAUGCCUCAGAGCUUCCUCCAUCGACCUGCCAAACUCAUCCGAAGCCCUUUCCAAUCUCUCACGAGUCACCACCGCGCCUUCCUCAAUCCCAUCGAUCCCAAAUCCGUUCCUUUCUUCGUGUAAAAUCCCGAAACUACGGAUUUCAAAUCCCCGCAGGCGCCGCCGCCAAUCUGCUCUUCCGACGAUAGUCAUCGGUUUCACUUCUUUCUUCUCCAAGAAGCUCCCUGAAGAUUCCAGACCAACUAAGGUGCAGGAGCUGUGCGUGUACGAGAUCAACGAACGCGACCGCGGCAGCCCCGCCUACCUUCGGCUGAGCCAGAAACAAGUCAACUUCCUGGGCGAUCUAGUCCCCUUCAGCAACAAGCUGUACUCGGGGAAUCUGGAGAAGCGGCUGGGCAUCACGUCGGGGAUCUGCGUGCUGAUCCAGCACGUGCCGGAGAGGGACGGCGACCGGUACGAGGCCAUCUACAGCUUCUACUUCGGGGACUACGGGCACAUCUCGGUGCAGGGGGCGUACCUGACGUACGAGGAGUCCCACCUGGCCGUGACCGGCGGCUCCGGAGUGUUCGCGGGUGCCUACGGCCAGGUCAAGCUGCAGCAGAUCGUCUUCCCCUUCAAGAUCUUCUACACCUUCUACCUCAGGGGCAUCCCCGACCUCCCCAAGGAGCUGCUCGGCACGCCGGUGCCGCCCUCGCCCGGCGUCGAGCCCACGCCCGCCGCCAAGGCCUGCGAGCCGGCCGCCGCCCUCAAGAAUUACACCAACUGAACGUCGGUGCGCACAUCAAAAUAAAACCAUAAAAGCAAGAAAAUUUUAAAAAAAAAGGACUAUAUAUUAAUUAAAAGGAGGAAUUGUUGUUCUUCUGUGAUGUUUAUUGUUGUUAUGAUUUGUAUUGUUUUCUCUUUUUUUGGGUAUGCGAGUGCUGUGGAAUUUGGCCGCGGUGACUCUGCUCUUGUGGAGUGUCGAGUUGUUGAUGAGAUUUCUUGUCAUGUCGAUUAGGACGGUAUGAUACAAGUUCAAGUGUUGUUUGUUUGAAGAUGUUUUGAUAGCUGGCACAAACACGAUCAAAAAUCGAAUUUAAAUGGUAAAUUUAUCUCUCUUAA